AACACAACUUUCUGUGUCGACAAUGUCUUUUCACGGCGUCGAAACAUCUUUCGGUUCCCGGAGAGAGUUAGGAAACGUGGCCUUAUGAGAAAGAACCCAAACCCCUGAGAACGGGUAGUCAGUGUUAACGGAUAGUCACUGUAGGCACUCACGACAGAGCUUACGCUGCUGAAUUUACACUUUCAGAUCCACUCUUUGUCGACACCCGCUCAUCAUGGCCGAUAUGGAGCAAGGACCGGCUGUACCGGCCGAAGCCUCACCGCUGCUGGAGAGCCUGAAUGCCACCGACGCCGGUAACGCCAGCGCGGCCAGGUUCGUGGCCACUCCCGAGGGCACAGCGCUGGCGUACGGCAGCCUUGUGCUCAUGGCACUGCUGCCCAUCUUCUUUGGGGCUCUACGCUCUGUCAGCAGCUCUAAAAGCAAGAACUCCUCCGACAUGCCUGAGACCAUCACCAGCAGAGACGCUGCGCGCUUUCCCAUCAUUGCCAGCUGCACUCUUUUUGGCCUCUAUCUCUUCUUCAAGAUUUUUUCUCAAGAGUACAUCAACCUGCUUUUAUCUAUGUACUUCUUUGUGCUGGGGAUUUUAGCUCUGUCUCACACAAUGAGUCCAUUCAUGAACAGAGUUUUGCCAGCCAAUCUGCCCAACAAGCAGUACCAGCUCCUUUUCACACAGGGCUCUGGAGAGAGCAAAGAAGAAAUAGUCAACUAUGAGUUUGACACCAAGGACCUGAUAUGUUUGGGAAUUAGCAGUGUGGUGGGUGUCUGGUACGUCAUUAAAAAGCACUGGGUAGCCAAUAACCUGUUUGGGCUGGCGUUUGCCCUAAAUGGGGUGGAGCUACUGCACCUGAAUAACGUCAGCACGGGCUGCAUCCUGCUGGGUGGGCUGUUCGUGUAUGAUGUUUUCUGGGUCUUUGGCACCAAUGUCAUGGUAACAGUUGCCAAGUCAUUCGAAGCACCUAUUAAGUUGGUGUUCCCCCAGGACCUGCUGGAGAGAGGUCUGAGUGCCAGUAACUUUGCUAUGUUGGGUCUCGGGGACAUCGUCAUCCCAGGCAUCUUUAUUGCUCUGCUCCUGCGUUUUGAUGUCAGCCUGAAGAAGAACACACGGACCUACUUCUACACCAGCUUCCUGGCCUACAUCUUUGGCCUGGGCCUCACCAUCUUCGUCAUGCACACGUUCAAACAUGCCCAGCCUGCUUUGCUGUACCUGGUCCCAGCCUGUGUGGGCUUCCCCGUGGUAGUGGCGCUGGUCAAAGGAGAACUGACCGAGAUGUUUAGGUACGAGGAGUCUUCUGAGAUGUCACCAAAAGAGGAGAAAACAGAGACUGAUAAAGAGAAAUAAAGCAUAAGGGAAAGGAGCCCCACCCCACACACCCUGGCUGCCGUUCUCCACCACUGCAUUUCAAGAGCAGCACGCCUGUCUCUGCCACAUGGGGGUGCUCUCCAUCUGCCCAAGGUCUCGUGCCCACCUGUGCAUGGAGCAGGCUGAUGUUUUGUGUAACUGGUUUAAUAACUAUAUUCUGUUUAGUUUUUUAGUUCUUUCUAAAUGAUUUGUGAAACAAUGUUUGAAAGCUUACUCUGUGCUUUUGUCUCAUGUUUGCUACCGAUUUUCUCAUUUGUUGCGUGCUUCAUUCAGUUUACCUUCUGCGUAAUUGUAGAAUAUUAAGUUUAUUGGACAUUUUCUCUUUAAGGGCCAGAAUUUUAAGAUGCUUAUGAAGCAGUUGUGAAGGCUGGGUUGGGUUGUUUUGUUUUUCUGAGUUGUUGGGCCUCUCUGUGUUGCUUUAUGAUGGCUGUCUGUACUUCUGAAUCAAAGUUCCUUGACCACAAAGCCUGAUGGGUAUUUUUCUCAUACACCUGGAUUGCAUAAAGGAACAGUUGUCUUUGCACAAAGGUUUCAGAAACCACGCUCACGGUGUGAGUGUCCCCCUUGCCCCAGCCAAGCCAGAACACUGGGACCAUAUCAGCCCUCCUCAUCAGUCUGGGCCACCUGCAGAGAUUUUAAAGUUCUGGUGUCUUCAGCAGCAACGCAGGGCAGUUCUGGGGCCAUAUGCGUCAAAUCCCUCGUGAGGUCAUGGCACCCUUUCUACCAAGCGUAUCGUGAAGAAUGUCAUUAACCUGAGUGGGGAGGUCGCUCGCGUGAAUCCUGAACUGGUUCAUCUACUGUCUCUGAGUUCGGGAGAUCCGAGAAGUGUGUUGGGGCUGUACAGAACGGGCAUGUCUGGAAUGCCAUACCACACCGAAUGUGUGUGUCCGUGAAUCUCCUUCAAAGCUUAGUGAAGUGGCAUCGUUGUGCGGUCAGUUCUUGUAGAUUCGUCUUUCUGUUGAUGUUCCAGUGCAAGCUAAUGGUUAAAGCUUCCUUGAGGAGCACAUCUCUCUUUAAUUUUUUAUUUUUUUUAAUCCACAAUAAAUUGUGGUUUUAUACCGCCAUAGAGAAGCAUGAAGGGUGUUUGUGUCUUAAUGGUAAAGGUGACGUAGGAUGUGAACUGCACACACAUUACUGUUCGUGCAUUAAUGAAAAUGCACCAUUAUAGCAACAUCUAUAUUUUAGGAGUUUGUGCAGUAGUGCCACACUUGGCCCUAACCAGAUAAACUACAGUAGACAGAUCCGUAGUUGGUUAUCCCAUACAUGCCAGAGUAGGAGUGAAUGGUUUAUUUUGGUCUUGUUUGUGAUUCAGUGGAGGGUGAUUCUACUUUGAUUCAGUUUGAGCUGAUUCAAAUGAUAGACGAACUGAUUCGUUUAGUAACUACAUCCAGACGCCUGAUUAAUAUGCUUAGUUUUCUGGGUAAAGGCAAUGUGCUGUAAGGAAAUGUGAGCACGCUUCUCUCUGCAGUUGGUGGCAACCAUCUUCACACCCCUGAAUCCAAAACCCUGACCAGGAUUUUGUCAUCACUGGUAGUUAAUCUACUUAAACAUUUCAACAAAUAAAAAGUCUGGUUAAUAAGGUAUAGAACAUGCAGUAUGUAUUCAAACCACAACCUUUGUUACAGGUUUUCAGCCUCUUGACCUGGGAUAUAGAUAAAGUGGCCAUAUAAUUACUUCUCACUGUUAACUACCAGAGCAAUGACUGACUACCCCCACAUUUGCCCGUCCAUGGCUGUCAUGUUUUAGGAGGUACUGUACAGUAUGUAAGUUAUUCUUGUAAACUUUUUUAGACUUUAUAAAUCCAGAUGGACUACUGGAACAGUUGAGUUGCAGUUUUCCUUUAGAAAAGCAGCGGCGGAUUAGAAAUGUAGAACUAUUUAACAAGCUGGUCGAUGCUGAUGUGCUACCAGAAGAUGGCGCCAAACACUCAAGCCAGGAGGUCGAGCGGGAUUUGCGGGUUAAUGUUCACACCUUAUUAAUCAACUAAUUUUCCUUUGUAUUUUUUUUUUUUUGGAAUGUACAAAGAUCAAAGUCUCGUAAAGUUGAGUCCGAAGCUUCAGUUGUGAUUCAGAGUAGAAAGUGUUACAGGGUAUUAGCAAGUACGUUUGUGUGAACAAGUUUUUGUUGUUUAUUGAAUAAUGAAAAUGUGUGGCAUGUAAAUAGUUUCUAUAAGAUACAGUAUAUAGUUGUUGAUGUAUUAGAUAGAAAUGACCUAGUUAUAGUCCAACAGUGGAACUUUACCUAAUUAAAGUAUCAUUAAGUUGAAAA